CUAAACUAUACGGCUAACUUAGCACUUUGCCAAAAGAUUCUAUACACACAAAACAUCCAUCGCAGUUAUUUAUCAACUGUCGACGGAAUUAGCAAAGAGUCAGAAGUGUGACAAAUCCUAUCGCACCGAUAUUUCUUUCAACACUGAGUCGUCUCGUCACAGACAGCUAAAAGACCACUUCGAGAUUACUUCCUUCGAACUCGCCGCAGAAUGGCGAGACACGCGGCGGCGUUGAAGAUCGGGCUAGCUUUGCUGGGACUGAGCAUGGCUGGUUAUAUACUUGGUCCGCCUCUCUACUGGCAUCUCACUGAGGCUUUGGCCGCCGUUAGCCAAUCCUCCGCCGCCUCCUCUUGCCCUUCCUGCCCCUGUAAUUGCCCUCCCUAUCCCGCUAUCACCAUUCCCAAAGAACUCAGUAAUGCAUCUUUUGCUGAUUGCGCAAAACACGAUCCAGAGGUGAACGAAGACACUGAGAAGAACUAUGCUGAACUUCUAACCGAGGAACUGAAGAUGCGCGAAGCAGAAUCUUUAGAGAAACACAAACGAGCAGACAUGGGACUGUUGGAGGCCAAGAAGGUAACAUCGUCAUACCAAAAGGAUGCAGAUAAGUGCAACUCGGGUAUGGAGACAUGCGAAGAAGCUCGGGAAAAGGCGGAACUAGCACUCUCCGAGCAGAAAAAUCUAACAUCUAAGUGGGAAGAGAGAGCUCGUCAAAAAGGAUGGAGAGAAGGAGCCACCAAGGCAAAUGUUAAACCCAAAAGCAAUGUUCAGGUUGCUUAGGAAAACCCCCCCAACGGAUCAGCAAAAGGAUCUUAAUUAGUUCAAAACCACUCAUGUAACUGGGGUUUUGAGGAUGUAAUGUGUUGUCAACUACUAUUAUAUUCUUCAACAACAAAAAAAAUGACUAAUUAUAUAUGCUUGUAGAAAA